CAUGUUCUCUUGCAGUGAGAAAGAUAUGCUCGGGAAAGGAGGACGCUGUUCAGAGAUCUGCAAACAGCUGGAGAAGCAGUCUUUAGCAUGAGAACGUUAUUAAACUUGGACAACUGGGCGAAAGUUAAGAGACUGUUGGAGUUCUUGCACAGAACAUAAGAAUUGAUCAUCGACCUGAGUAGGGCAGCAAUACGCCGAUGUUGCGUGUAGCCUGCCUUACCCAAAGAAGAAGAAGAAGAAGAAAGGAUGAACUUCACGUUCCAACCGCUAGGGGCGCUAUGGGCAAAUGAGGGGUGAAGGUGUUCAUGACGUUUCGUCUUCAACUUUGACCCCGGGCUUCUGCACGCUGGAAAUGGACAGUCAGUGAAACAACGUGGAUAGUACAAGAAUAACUGUUUAUUUGUUAAAUCCAGCGUCUGCAGCGCGUUAGUCUCCAAUGUCUUAUUACACCUGGGUCUAAUAUAUUGACGCUUCAACGCUUGAAGAUGGGGAAGGCACCGAAGAAGAGGAGCCUUGCUGACAAGGUCCGCAAAACUAAGACCUCUGCUGAGAUCAAAAACAACCCUUUUGAGGUGAAAAUCAAUAGAAAGAAAUUUGAAGUUCUGGGGAGAAAAUCCAAGCAUGAUGUGGGUCUGCCUGGCGUGUCUCGAUCCAAAGCUAUCAAUAAGAGGAAAGAAACUCUUCUGAAGGAGUACAAACUGAAGAACAAGUCCAACAAGUUGAUUGACAGGCGCUUUGGAGAGUACGACACAAAGAUGGCUCCAGAAGAUAAAAUCCUGAAGCGGUUCGCGAUGGAGAGACAGCGAGUACACGAUAAAAAGGAUAUGUACAACCUGAACGAGGAGGAGGAGCUGACUCACUACGGACAGUCACUGGCGGAGAUGGAGAAGUUUAAUGACUUGGUGAAUAGUGACGAUGAAGCGGAAGAGAAAGGUCUCCUAUCAGCUGAACUGACCGCCUCACACUUCGGAGGAGGAGGCCUCCUCAGGAAGAAGACCUCAGGUGAUCAGCAAGAAGAAGGAGGAAGCCAGAGGGCCAAGUCCAGACAGGAACUCAUUGAGGAGCUCAUCCAGAAGUCCAAACAGGAGAAGCGGGAACGACAGGUGCAGAAAGAGGAGGCGCAGGAGCUGACCGAGAAGCUGGACCAGGAUUGGAAGAGCAUCCAGACUCUGAUGGUGAAAAAGACACCCAAAGCUGAAAGUGCUGAUAAACCAGAGGAGAGGCCAAAGCCGGAGGCGUACGACAUGAUGGUGAGAGAGCUUGUCUAUGAGAUGAGGGCCCAGCCCUCAGAGAAGAUGAAGACUCCUGAGGAGCUCGCCCGGGAGGCGAGGGAGAAGCUGCAGAAACUAGAGGCGGACCGGCUGAGGAGGAUGAUGGGAGAGGAAGUCAGGGAGAGCUCACAGAGUCAGAUCCACAUGUCUGCUGAUGACCUCAACGACGGCUUCAUCCUGGAUAAGGAAGACAAGAUGAUGCUUUCCUAUCAGGAUGGAAAGUGGAACAUUGGAGAGAAAUCAGAGGAAGGUGAAGAAGAAGAAGAAGAAGGAGACGAGGAAGGUGAAAGCGGAGAAGAGGGGGAGGAGGAUGAUGAUGAUGGGGAGGAAUCAGGGGCAGAGGAGGAAGAUGAAGAGGAAGAAGAUACAGAGGAUGAGGGAGGCAGUGGUGAAGAAGAUGAAGAGGAUGGCCACUCCGACCUGGAAUCCGAGCAUGAAAGUGAGGACGAGGAGCAAAAACAGGAGGAUGAAGACGCCAUUGCCAAACCGAGUCUGAGCAUAGAGGAGCUGAAGGCUCAGCAAGAGGCGGCUAAAGCAGAGCUGCCAUACACGUUUACCGCCCCUGAGUGCUACAACGACCUGAAAACUUUGCUCCAUGGUCACUCCCCUGACAACCAGCGCAUCAUUCUUGCCAGGACUCAGAAAUGCAACCAUCCUAGUCUUGCUGCAGGCAACAAGCUCAAACUGCAGAAACUGUUUGGCUUUCUUUUGGAGUACCUUGGAGAAGUCGCCACCAGGAGUCCUCCUGAACUCACCACCGUAGAUAAGCUCAUACCAGAGCUGUAUACUUUGUGUCAGAUGUUUCCGGAUGCAGCCUGCAAGGCCAUGCAGGGUAUCAUUGGAGACGCCGCUCAUAGCAUGGAGGAGGUGCUUGAGGUCAAUGGGCACGCUGGUUUCCCUACGCUAGACAUGCUUGUUUACCUGAAGGUGACAGCCCUGCUGUUUCCUACCUCUGAUUUCCGACAUCCAGUGACCACUCCAGCGCUGCUGUACAUCAGCCAGACUCUCACCAAGUGUCCAGUGAGGUCGUUACAGGACGUAACAUCGGGUUUAGCGCUGUGCUGUCUGGCCGUGGAGUACGUCUCUUUCUCAAAGCGCUUCCUGCCAGAGCUUAUCAACUUCCUGGCUGGAACGCUACACCUAGCCGUGCAGGACAAGACAUCUUUAGGUUACACCGUUGUACCACCCUUUAGGCCAACAGGGAAGUGCAGCGAUCUGCUGGUGCUGUCAGACUCAGAGUCAAGCAAAAGCUGGAGCAAGAAGAGCCUCCCACUGUCUGCAACCAAACACCUUGAACUGAAAACGGACCUCGACAAAGAUCACCACAGGUUAACAUGUCUGUCUACUUGCCUGGACCUGUUGAAGCGCUGCUGCCUCCUCUACAAGGACCUCCUAUCCUUCAACCCCAUCUUCCAGACAUUUAGAACGCUUCUUUCCAAUCGUAUCCCAGCACACACAUUACCAGGGCCUUUACAGGAGCUCCACAGUGAGAUCUUGGAGAUCAUCAGCAGUGCUCCUGUGACUCACAAUCCUCUGGUUUUAGAAAAAAAGAAGCCCAUUCCUCUGAAGCUACUCACACCUAAGAUUGUUGAAGUGUUGGAUUAUGGGAAAAAGCGAGGCAGCACCAGAGAGGAGAGGGAGAAGGAGCGACUGAAACACAAGUACAAGAAGGAGUUCAAGGGUGCUCUGAGGGAGAUCCGGAAGGACACGCGCUUCCUGGCCAGAGAGAAACUCAACGAGGUCAUGAACAGAGAUGCAGACCGAAAGAGGAAAGUGAAGGAGCUCUUUGGCAGUUUGGCCACUCAGGAGGGAGAGUGGAAGGCCCUGAAGAGGAGGAAGAAGAAGUGAAUUACAUAAUCUUUGUCUUCAUCUCCUCUCAAAUGGACUUCUCCUCACCAGAAGUGGAUAACAACCUCUACAGGGUGGAGACCUGUAAACAAGAACUGUUUUUCUAUACUUUAAAGAUACUUUUAAAAAUCCCAAACAAGGAAAAGAUUGAAUUCCUCUAACACACUUGAUACUGUUUGAGGAAUAGCUGUCAUGAUUUUACACCGUGUAGCCAAAUAUUCUGAUGUAGGCGUUUGAUGUGAUGAUCGGAUGCUGUUGUUCAAAGUGUCAGUCAACACAGAUGCAGAGUUUGCAAUCUCCAUUUUCCCAACAGAAUCCUUCACUAUAACUGUGCUUUAAACAUACAAAUAAAAAAGCCUGCUUGUUUUCUCUCAUUUUA